AUGGCGUUGAGGUGUGAGAGAAGACGAAGACAUGUUGACAACCUCAGUAUUGAAGUCUUCAAGUUGCGUGGAGAAGAUCUAAUUGGUGGAAGAAACAAGGAAGGUAUUAGUAGGUGCCCGCAAGCCAACAUUUCAGCAAAUGUUGGAUCUAAAGAGCUUG